AUGUCGUACCUUGAAUGGCUGUUGUACGGUGGCCAGAUGAGGCUUGCAUUCACAGUCAUGUUUGAAGCUCUGUCCACAUCCUUCAUCCAGUCAAAUACUUUUUCCAAAAUCCCUAAUUACAUGAAUCUGACUGAAAAGUUGUCAUUGGUGAGGGAGACGGGUCAUGCCCAGUUGGGGGUUAGGGUCGGAAACUUGUUGAUGGUAAAUUUUAUCAAAAGUUUGAUUCAGAUGAUCUCAUUUGGGGUUUUCAGCAAAGGCAAUUUAUGCUUAUUGAAGACAAAUGUAGUUGUUCAUCCAUUGAUGGAUCGGCUGGGAGAAAAAAUUCUUCUAAAGAUUUUUCGAAAUUAUGGAAAAAAUAGUUUUAUUUACGUCACUUAA